AUGCCAGAAUUUCAGAAGAAGACUGUCCAUAUUAAGGACCCAGGGAGAGUAGAGGAGAUUAUUUGUGGCCUCAUCAAAGGUGGAGCCGCCAAACUUCAGAUUAUUACAGAUUUUGAUAUGACAUUAAGUAGAUUUUCCUACAAUGGAAAAAGAUGUCCAACUUGUCAUAACAUCAUUGAUAACUCUAAGCUCAUCACAGAGGACUGUCGGAAAAAGUUGCUGCAGCUGAAAGAAACCUAUUACGCUAUUGAAAUUGAUCCAGCUCUCACUAUUGAAGAAAAAUAUCCAUAUAUGGUAGAAUGGUACAAUAAAUCUCAUGCACUGCUCAUUGAACAAGGCUUACAAAAGGAUAAGUUGGCAGAAACUGUGAGGGAAUCUGAUGUUAUGCUGAAAGAAGGAUAUGAGAACUUCUUUGAUAAGCUCAGUGAACAUAAUAUUCCUGUGUUCAUAUUUUCUGCUGGGAUUGGGGACAUUCUUGAAGAAGUUAUCCACCAGGCUGGGGUUUACCAUUCUAAUGUCAAAGUGGUUUCCAAUUUCAUGGAUUUUGAUGAAAAUGGAAUAUUAAAAGGAUUUAAAGGAGAAUUGAUUCAUGUUUACAACAAACAUGAUGGUGCCUUGAAGAAUACAGAGUACUUCAAACAACUAAAAGACAACAGUAAUAUCAUACUGCUGGGUGAUUCCCAAGGAGACUUGAGUAUGGCAGAUGGAGUAGCAAAUGUUGAACACAUUCUUAAGAUCGGCUAUCUCAAUGAUAAAGUAGAUGAGCUUUUGGAAAAAUAUAUGGACUCUUAUGAUAUUGUCUUGGUGAAAGAUGAAUCCCUGGAAGUUGCCAACUCCAUCCUACAGAAAAUCCUGUAAAUUGCAGUCUCAAGUCACUCCAUUCCUUCCAGGAGGCAACUGGACAGAAGAGCACACGUGUGCUUAGAUGUGUUUAUUACUCAUUUACAGAACUGUUUAAUUUAAUUUAAGACUUUUAUCUUCAUUUUGGUAUUUUGAAAUAUAUAUGGUAUCCAUUGUCAACUAGAAGCUCCUCUUACUGCUCUUAGGCUAUUCUUUAUUGUCUCACACUCCUAUUACAACUAGAUUUGAAUUGCAUUUAUAGAUGUGAAACUGCUGCUGAUGGGAUACUAUGGUUCACUGUCUUUUAAUCAGGCAUUUCAGAGGAGCAUUUUAGAAAAUGUGGCUAUUUUGUAAAAUUGAAGAUGUAAAUGUUCUGUGAAUAAGCAGCGUGCACAUUUGUGUUGCCUUUUCUUCUUUCAAAGAAGAUAUUUCAGUCUCAGCUGUACUUUGAAGGAUCUUACUCAUAUGCUACAGACUUUCACAAAGUUUUUCAUACAUACAUUUUUCUUCAGUAAAAAUGCUUUAUUCACCCAA